CUGAGCACACGGCUAUUGCCCACUAGUGCUGUGCCGAAAUAUUGGUAAUGAUCGCGUAAAACGCACGGUAAUGAGAAGUAGGUGUGGCCACACUGAAUCACGAUCGCACGCCCCCAGCUUUUUUUGUCGGCGUCUGGGCGGCGCGAGGAAUACGCCUCAACCUACGCGGCUCAUGAACGCACCGCGCGCAACGUACGCGUCCCAAGGUAGACAAACCGACGGCACGACGCCGACGGACACAUAAACGUAAACAAACAAGUUGUUAUUCGAGAAAAAUGCGAAAAAAGUGGUACGAACCAUGUGCGAGACGAUUCCAUUUAGAAAAACAACAAUGUGAGAUGCGUGUGAUAUUUUAUAGAUUGUAACGAGCUUUUGUCCAGUGAUAUCGAUCGAAUUUGUAUCGAGAUUAGAAUUAAAACAAAUACCGAUUAGAAUGAAGUGAGCGGACAAAUAUAAAUUUGAUUAGUUUUCGCGGUUACAACUCAAGUGCCAACCUAAUACGAUGUGCUCGCGAAAAAAGGUACUAGUGUUGCCAACAUGAGAAAGAUGCAUACAUCAGCGUGGAAAAAGUACAGAAUGCAGAAAAAAAUAUCGACGACUAUAGUUUUCAUAUUGUUUGCUUUAUUCAAUAUGGUCAGUUCAAGGGACAACAUGCUACCACACCAUCUCAAGUUGAAUUCAGCUCUAACUUGUCGCCUCGUCGGAGGGUUGACCAGAGAACAAAGAACUCUAUGCCAUGAUCUUCCCGACGCAGCCGCUAUAGCUUUCGAGGGUUUGCAGUUAGCGGUUAAAGAAUGCCAGCACCAAUUCAGAUGGCAUAGAUGGAAUUGCUCAAUUUUGCUCUCGAAGAGUUCCAAUCCUCAUGCUAGUGCUAUUAUGAAGAGAGGGUUCAGAGAAGCCGGAUUCCUGUACGCCCUAACAGCAGCAGGUGUGGCUCAUUCUGUGGCCCGAGCAUGCGCACAGGGCCGUCUCCUCUCCUGCGGUUGUGACCCACUAGGCUACAGAGCCUCCCACGAUCCUAGGGGCAGGGCGAAAGCCAACAAAUGGGAAUGGAGCGGGUGCUCUCAUAAUUUAGCCCAUGGUAUUGAAUUCUCUAGGAAGUUUUUAGAUGUGAGAGAAAAAGUGGAUGACUUACAGUCAAGGAUAAAUGUUCACAACAACAACGCUGGCAGAUCGAUACUGGCAUCGCAUAUGGAAGUGCGCUGCAAAUGUCACGGUCUCUCAGGAAGCUGCCAGCUCAGGACGUGUUGGAGAGCCACUCCUGACUUCAGGGUCGUAGCAUCAACCAUCAAACGACAGUAUAGAAAGGCACUGAUGGUCGCACAAGAGGAGCUAAAUAAAGGCAUGAUGGUGCUAAAAGGUCGACCACGAGGGAGAAGGCGGAGUAGGGCGCGCCCGGCACCAAAGUCCAGUCUAUUGUUUUUCGAAAAAUCACCAAGUUUCUGUGAGGCCGACCCCAGGACUGAUUCAGCAGGCACCACAGGUCGCAUCUGCCGUAUUGGCAGAACGACCCGCACUGGUUCAUGUGACCUUCUGUGCUGUGGACGAGGCCAUGCCCUGAUCAGGAAAUCCAGUAUAAAGCCAUGUAACUGCACAUUCCACUGGUGUUGUAGAGUUGACUGCCAGAGGUGUAGGGAUGACAAAUGGAUCGCGAUUUGCAAAUGAUUCGACUUUAUUUAAUUUAAAAGACAUUGCCAAUUGAUUGUAUAUGUAUUGGCUAUACAUAAGUACCUACUUUUUUGUAUUUAUACAAACUCUUUAUUGAUAAAACUUCAAAUAUGUCACAAACACAUUUUAGAUGUUGGAGUGUUACGUCUUUUUUUAUAAUUAAUUGCUAUAUCAUAUACAUGUAGAUAUAGUCUCUUUAUAAUCAUUGCAUCAAAAACAACCUAUUUAUUCUCAUA